GGGCGGCGGCCGGAACGGACCUUCUCCGGGACCCGACCUUUCCCCGCGCCCGCCGCAGGGCAUGGGCGCCGCGGCUCCGCGCUGCGCUGCCGAGCCCCGGCCCCAUGAGUCCUCGCCGGAGCAAGUGAGUGCGGGAGGCGUCCCGGCGGGCACCGGCGGCCCGGCCUCGGGCGGGAGGAUGUGGUGAGAGGAUGGGGCUGUGUCCCGCGGGGGCUCGCCAUGGCCAGGGAGGACUCGGUGAAGUGCCUGCGCUGCCUGCUCUACGCCCUCAACCUGCUCUUCUGGUUGAUGUCCAUCAGCAUAUUAGGUGUUUCUGCUUGGCUGAGGGACUACCUGAAUAAUGUUCUCACUUUAACUGCAGAAACAAGGGUGGAGGAGGCUGUCAUUUUGACUUACUUUCCUGUGGUCCACCCAGUUAUGAUUGCAGUCUGCUGUUUCCUCAUCAUAGUUGGAAUGCUGGGAUACUGUGGAACAGUGAAAAGAAAUCUGUUGCUCCUUGUCUGGUAUUUUGGAAGCUUGCUUGUAAUAUUCUGCGUUGAACUGGCCUGUGGUGUUUGGACCUACGAGCAGGAAAUAACGAAGUUGGAUGUAUUCUGUUGUGGACAUAACCUUGGAAUGUGUUUAACUCAAGUUCCAGUGCAGUGGUCCGAUAUGAUCACACUGAAAGCCAGGAUGACCAAUUAUGGCUUACCUAGGUACCAGUGGCUGACCCAUGCUUGGAAUUUCUUCCAGAGGGAGUUUAAAUGUUGUGGAGUGGUGUACUUCACAGACUGGCUGGAAAUGACAGAAUUGGACUGGCCACCUGACUCCUGUUGUGUCAGAGAGUUCCCAGGAUGCUCUAAGCAGGCACAUCACAAGGAUCUCAGUGACCUUUAUCAGGAGGGAUGUGGUAAAAAAAUGUACACUUUCUUGAGAGGGACAAAGCAGUUGCAAGUGCUGAGAUUCCUGGGAAUCUCUAUUGGAGUAAUGCAGAUCCUGGCUAUGAUCCUCACUAUUACUUUGCUGUGGGCCCUGUACUAUGACAGAAGGGAUCCCAGAGCAGAUCAGAUCAUGGCACUGAAGAGUGAUACCUCGCAGGAGCUGUCAUGUCAUUCCAUGGAGCUGCUGAAACCAAGCCUGACCAGGAUCUUUGAGCAUACAUCCAUGGCAAACAGCUUUAAUACACACUUUGAGAUGGAGGAGCUAUAAGCGAUGCAAUGAAUCUGUCAAGUCACAGAGGAUUUUUUGUUUUGUUGUUACUUCUGUUCUGUUCCAUCCAGUCUUCUUAUGUGUCAGAAACCAGCUAAUGAAUGGAAGUGAAGGAGACCAACAAAGAAAGAUGAGCCUGUUGCCAGCCUCUUAGCCAUGUCCUCAGCGGUGAAAAAGAGUUGAUUUUGUGUGUUCAUUUUUUAAAAGGCACUCAUUCAGGUGGGCACGGUAAUACUCACUGUCACAAGCUGUGUGAAGUGUAAAACACUGACUCAAUCACAGGUAGACUGAACCUGCAAGGAAGCAUCAUGGAAGAGAAAUAUUCAUCUUCUGAAGAAACAACUGUGCUUUGAGCAAACAAAAUGUGACUUCAGCUGAAAUAGACUUUUAAUAAGCCAUUUGGAAAAUGUCUUUAUCAGGGAUCUAUGUAUGUAUAAUUGUGUGUUUUCAUGUGUGCAUGGAAAGCAGAGCUACAAUUCAAGUUAAUACUUGGAUUAAAAAUUUGUAAAAAGGGCAAGAUUUUCUUUUUUCUAACAAAACCUUUAUCUUAGUUUUUGUUCUUAAAGAUGUUCUAAAACUUCUAUUUUUAUCUAACAUAAUGGUUUUUUAGUUUAAAAUAUAUUAAACAGGGAUUGAAAACAAAACUAUUGCUAUGGACAAUAGCCUUUAGUUUUCUGGAGAAUUCUUCAUUCAAACAGUUUGUUCUGUGGACUGUUUCUUAGUAAAAAGGAAGAAAACUUAAAACAUUCUUUCCAAAAUGGGAAUCAGUAUGGGAGUAGCACAUUUUUAUAGGUAAAUCUUUUCUCCUGUCCGUGAUUCCCCUGAAGCUAGAAACAAAAGACUGCAAUAAAAAUGCUUACAGUUCUGGAUGCUAUUGCAAUAAUUGUAAAAGUACAUGAGGAAAAAUUUUACUUUUGUGAGUGCUUCAUUAAGAACUCUCUGGUGGCUUAAAAUGCCAGCCGGAAACAGAUUAAAAUGUAUUUAUUGAGGUGGGGAAAGUGCAUUUUACUGUAUUUUUAUGAACAAUGUCUAUGUCAUAGGAUUAUUUUUGCAAUUGGCCACGCUCUUGAAAUAUAUAUUUGUUCCACUGAGUGUAGUAGUUUGUGGCAAAUGGGCUUUUUACAUAAUAUUACAUUUAAAAAAUUAGUUCAUUUGUUUCGGAAUUUGUAAAAGAAAAAACAAGGUGUGAUUUGGUAGACAAUAAAAUUACUUUUCUCUUAAA